UCCAAUUCUACGAUCAACCGGGCCAGUUUGUUUGAGGUGAAAAGAAAUUUGAGGAGAUGACGGAAGAAAGCGAAAGGCAGGAAGGGGCCUUAUCAAAACAGCAAAAUAUGACAGGCGGAGAGGCAGCCACAUUUCUCAUCAAAUUCCCCCAUACCCAAAAAUCCUCCAUCUAUUCUUCUUCCUCCACUCUUUGCUCCCUUGCUGCUCUCACUUCUCCUGCCCGAGAGAUAUUCCCUCGGAACUCUCGAACCAGAAGAAUAAAGCUCCCCGGUGAGUGCUUGCUUUCAUUGAUGCUCCCUAAUUUCCCUUCAAGCUUUGAAACUGGGCUUGUUUAAUUUGUUUGUAUUCCACGGAAACUAUGGAGCUAUAAAUAAUCUGGUUUUCGAGUUUAUAGUAGUGAGGGGUAAGUGGGAGAAAAGGGUGUGGGAAAGUUUGUUCCUUUUUCUUCUUCCAUGGGUUCGAUGGUGGUGUUAGUUGGAAGCAUGCCGUCUUUAGCUUCCUUAGUUAGCCUGGGGAGCCGGGGCAUGGCGGCAGGGACCUCCACCGCUCCCGAAUCCUCGUCUUACUCCAUCGUCCGUAGGGUUUCGAUGUCCAAACGCGCGCUUAGGCGAGCCAGGAAGUGGCAUUGUACAUCAACAAGUUCGUCAAUUUGUAGAUACUCGGUUACCACCACGGAUUUCAUUGCCGAGCAGGCCAAUGCAGUGUCGUCUGCGGAUUCGAGUAUUACAAUUAGAGACAAUAAUAAUAGUAGCAGCGAUGGGAAAGAAGGAGAUGGUAAUGAUGUUGUACUCAAGGCUGCUCCGAGGCCUCUCUUGAGACCUUCUAUCAGUUUGAAGAGUCCAUCUCGAGAGUCCUCGUUGACUAAUAGUAAGGUGGAGAGUGGUGGGGAUGAUGAGAGGGGAAAGGUGAUUCUGUCUCUUGAUGAGGUUCUGGAGAAGGCUGAGAAGCUUGAAACUGGUAAACCGAGUCAGCUUGGUAGUCGAAAUGGUAGUAGUGGGGCUAGUAGUAGUGUGGAUAAGACGGAGGUGGCUUCCAAUCAGGGAAAUCCAGCUGCGGCUACUCGUAAAGCUAAGACCUUGAAGAGUGUAUGGAGGAAAGGUGACACAGUGGCGAAUGUGCAGAGGGUGGUGAAGGAGGUUCCCAAGAGUGUGAAUGACGUUGUUAAAGAAGAACCUCUAACUAGCACUGAUGGGGACAAACUGGAAUCCCUACCCAAAGCCAUGCAACCGCCUCUAAGACAGCAGCCACAGUUGCAGGCUAGGCCUGCUGUGGCUCCUCCUCAACCUGUAGUGAAGAAACCUGUCAUUUUGAAGGAUGUUGGGGCAUCUCGAAAAUCAUCAUUAGUUCCUGAUGAAGUUGAUGUAGCUAGUUCUGGCAAGAGUAAAGAACGACAACCAAUAUUGGUUGACAAAUUUGCACGUAAGAAGGCGGCUGUUGAUCCUAUGGUUUCUCAGGCAGUUUUAGGCCCAACAAAGACAGGGGGGAAGGGACCUGCUAUGGGGAAGUUCAGAGAGAAGAGGAAAAAUGUUUCAGCUGGGAGCCCAAGGAGGCGGCUGUUGGCUAAUGACGAUAUACCCGAUGAUGAGACAUCGGAGCUUAAUGUCUCGAUACCUGGUUCAAGGAAAGGGAGGAAAUGGAGUAAAGCGAGUCGGAGGGCUGCUAGACUACAGGCGGCCAAAGAUGCUGCUCCUGUGAAAGUAGAGAUUUUGGAGGUAGGGGAGAAAGGCAUGGAAGUGGAGGAAUUGGCCUUUAAUUUGGCCAUUGGUGAAGGUGAUGUUCUCGGUUAUCUGUACUCGAAGGGAAUUAAACCUGAUGGGGUGCAAGUACUGGACAAGGACAUGGUGAAGAUGAUAUGUCAAGAGUAUGAGGUGGAGGUCGUUGAUGCUGAUCCAGUUAAAUACGAAGAAAUGGCAAGAAAGAAGGAAAUCUUUGAUGAAGAUGAUUUGGGCAAACUGGAGGAAAGGCCUCCUGUACUAACAAUAAUGGGUCACGUUGAUCAUGGGAAAACAACGUUGCUGGACUACAUUCGUAAAGCUAAGGUGGCUGCAUCAGAGGCUGGUGGGAUUACUCAAGGAAUCGGAGCAUAUGAAGUUUUUGUACCUGUGGAUGGCAAAAUGCAGCCAUGUGUCUUCCUCGAUACUCCUGGGCAUGAGGCAUUUGGAGCAAUGAGGGCACGUGGUGCACGAGUGACGGAUAUUGCCGUUAUUGUGGUGGCAGCUGAUGAUGGUAUUCGUCCUCAGACAAAUGAGGCCAUAGCUCACGCCAAAGCUGCUGGUGUACCUAUCGUGAUUGCUAUAAAUAAGAUAGACAAAGAUGGAGCUAAUCCAGAAAGAGUGAUGCAAGAGCUGUCUUCAAUAGGUCUCAUGCCAGAGGAUUGGGGUGGUGACAUCCCAAUGGUUCAGAUCAGUGCUCUUAAGGGGAAGAAUAUUGAUGAACUGUUGGAAACUGUUAUGCUUGUUGCCGAGCUACAAGAAUUGAAGGCAAACCCUCACAGGAACGCAAAGGGUACUGUAAUUGAGGCAGGUCUUAACAAAGCUAAAGGACCCAUGGCUACAUUUAUUGUACAGAAUGGAACCCUUAAAAAGGGGGAUGUUGUGGCUUGUGGAGAAGCAUUUGGAAAGGUGCGGGCUUUAUUUAACGAUAGUGGAAGUCAAGUUGAUGAAGCUGGACCGUCAAUACCUGUACAGGUCAUUGGACUAAAUAAUGUACCACAAGCAGGUGACGAAUUCGAAGUUGUUGGCUCCCUUGAUGUUGCCCGUGAAAAGGCAGAAGCGCGUGCUGUCUCAUUACGAGAUGAGCGCAUAUCAGCAAAGGCUGGGGAUGUGAAAGUGACACUGUCUUCCUUAGCCUCGGCUGUUUCUUCUGGAAAGCUAUCCGGUUUGGACUUGCAUCAGUUGAACAUAAUACUGAAAGUUGACCUUCAGGGAUCUAUUGAGGCUGUAAGGCAAGCAUUACAGAUACUCCCUCAAGACAAUGUGUCCUUGAAGUUCCUCUUGCAAGCAACAGGAGAUAUAAGCACCAGUGAUGUUGAUCUUGCUGCUGCUAGUGAAUCUAUAAUUUUUGGAUUUAAUGUGAAAGUACCAGGUUCAGUUAAAAAGUACGCCGAGAACAAAGGUGUGGAGGUUCGGCUAUAUAGAGUCAUCUAUGAACUUAUAGAUGAUGUUCGCAACGCAAUGGAAGGACUUUUGGAUUCUGUUGAGGAACGGGAAAUGAUUGGGUCAGCAGAUGUACGAGCUGUAUUCAGCAGCGGCAGUGGUCGUGUUGCUGGGUGCAUGGUGACUGAAGGGAAGCUAGAGAAAGGAUGUGGCAUUAAGGUGGUACGGAACAAGAAAAGUGUACAUGUCGGUGUUCUUGAUUCAUUGAGAAGAGUUAAAGAAAUUGUGAAGGAGGUGAGUGCUGGCCUAGAAUGUGGUAUUGGGUUGGAAGAUUACGAUGAUUUUGAGGAAGGAGAUGUACUGGAAGCUUUCCACAAGGUCGAGAAGCGACGAACUCUAGAAGAGGCAUCGGCUUCAAUGGCUGAAGCUGUGCAAGGAAUGAACUGACCUGACUGUAUAUAUAGAUCAUCAUCACAGGUGGAGAAAAGCAUUUUGGGAAUUCGACGACAACCCAACUCGAAGGGGAUGUGUCAUAAAUGGACUAUGUGUGGUGACCAAAAUCUGCAGACUGUAAAACGAAUUCAACAACUGGGUCAGGCAGGCUGCUGCAUUCGUGAGCUUUGUGAAAGUCUGCAGACUCAAAUCCAGAAUGAGGAAGGUGGGGAUGGAUGCAAUGUAGGAGGGCAGUGAGUUUUAGGUCGUGCAUUGCUUGAUCCAGUUGGUGUAUAUAGUGAUGGUGGUGGCCUGGUGGGUGAUUGUUGUAUAUCUUCUUCAUAUCUCAGUGGAUCUUUCUGCAGAAGAAAGGGAAGUAACUAAUUUAAAGGAUUAUCAAUCAACCAUUCUCAGCCAUUUUCCUUUCUUUCAUCCAUAUUUCAGUUUUUCCUUGAUCUAGCUCAUCGUAAAAUGUCAAAAGAGUGCAAUUCCAUAUAAAUAACCUUUUUAUAG